AUGCGGCAGGAGGAGAAAGAAGCGGACAGAAAGAGACUGGAGCGCAAAUGCAGAAAUCAGAGAGAGGAAAUUGAAACGAUGGAAGCUAUGAGAGUGGAGAUGGAUCGCAUGAGAGCUGAGAUUGCAGAAUUGAGGGAGGAAGUCAGGUCUCUUAAAGAAAGGGCCAAGACUUGUACGGCCCCUUCAACUGAAACGGCAGAACAGAGCAGGAUCCCAAGGCCAAAGGGACCUGCAUCUGCCACUGCGCACAGGAGCCUUUUUGCAGCUGUGCGCAGGAGACCUGGCUUCGCUGCGGGCAGUGCUUCUACAACGUCAACUGCGUGCAGGACAACAACAACAACUGCAUCAACAACUGCACGCAGUACUUCUGCCCGCAGCACGGCAGCAACUGUGGGCAGCUCUACACGGAAGACAACAUCUGCCCGCAGCUCUGCUGCCACUGCCCCCAGCAUGCCAUCAGCUGGUGGGCAGACUUCUGCCCCCAGCACAUUAUCAGCUGGUGGGCAGACGGUCGAGGGUGGGGCAGCUCGAGGUCGUGGAAAAGUCUCAACAAAACGUAAGCGUGUUGAUGACGAUGGGGGGAAGGCAAAGAAAAAACCGGCUUGGAAAUGAGAAUAAAAAUGCCUGCCCCUCCCCCACCCCUCGACCGGACUCCCUCUUCUGCAUCUCAGCCAAACAACAUCUCUCUCUGAUCCAAAGUAUUUAACGACUAUGAUCCAAAUCGCUCCACAUCGCUCCGCACCUCUUCUUCACCUUGUACAAAAUCCCUGCUCAGCAUCGCUACAUACAUGGCUGCAGUUUCCCUAUAAUAUGAAGGCUGCAGUGCUCUACAAUGGCUAGAGCUGUGUUUGUGUCAUGCCGGUCUCCAUGGGCCACCAUCAACAACGUCCUGAUUGUGAAUGUUGUCUGAAAAAAACACUUGAAAGGACAUUCCCACGAACAAGAACUGACGAUUUGUUUUAAGUUGUUUGUGUUCAUUUUUUAUUGGUUAAAUACAGGUUUGCCUUUUGAAAGAUGCCAUUUUUUCAACAGUGUUCUUUAAAAAAAAAAGAGAAUGUUCAUAGCCUCUUUCAUGUUUUAAAGGUAUGAUGUUCAUAUUACUAGACUUAUUUCACACCUGUUAAAAUCAGAUAAAUUUCUGAAAAGUCCUCAAACUAGUUGGUGUAGUUAUCCAAGCUUUUUGACUUGACUGCAUAUAUCUACAAAUGCAUUAUUUCACUUUGUUUAAUUGCCUAAAGCAGAUCUUGACUGAAGCUCCAAAGUAUUAGCUGUAUAUGAUUUUGAACAGUUUCAUACAUGACCUUGGCUUCACUCAUUUUUUUAUGUUUCUGAGAAUUGGACAACUAUGAUCUAUUUGAAUCUUUUAUUGAUAUUUAUCAAUUUGUACAUUGCUGUCUGUUCAAUUCUGACCUUAGUCCCUGUCCUGCGAUCCAUCUUGAUAUUGAAAACAGGGGCCCCUGUACUCCACUUAAUCCCCCUCCUAGCCUACGCCUGGCAAUAUUCAAUCCCACCAUUAUCCCGUCCAACAAAUGCCUUUCCCCAAAUCCUUUCCUGACCCCUGACCUGUGCACUGUCAAACCAACCUUCUACUCUACACUUUCUUAAGGGCCGGCCCAAAUCAUACCAUCUUCUCUAACAGACAUAGAUGUACAAAUAGAUUGAAUGUGUAUAUGAAAUUAUAUAAGCAUUCACAAAGUCUUGUUAUUAAUUUUACUACAAAAAGUAAGCUUUACCAUAUAACAAAUUAAAGAAACUACAAAUUAAGGCAGCAUGGUCAGAACUGUUCCUUUUUAGUUCAUGAUAACCCGAACUGUAUGCUUCCAUUGACUGGCAUAGUUUCAGUAUUUUGUAUUAUGUACUUUAAAUAAACUUGCCAAUUAAAGCAGAGGGCAACCUCUACUGAAACAUUCGGAGCAGAACAUUCAUAACAUUAACUGAAAUACCACAGGAUUAUCAAAAAAAGAUAAAUGUAUGAAACCUGUUAUUGUUUACAAAGGUAUAUAGUAGAAAGGCAAGCCUAUUAACCAUUUACGAGAGCAUUAUACACAAUAUAAGAUGUUCGUUGGGAAUGAACGUUUCAAUACGAUACUGUAUUAUCACUGAUUGCAUUCAGUGAACUUGUUUUGGGGGAAUGUUGCAAUCGUUCUUUUGAUUUGUUAUUUUCUGCUUUUGUGCAGUUUUAUUUAUUUUUUCGGUAUGCUGACGACUUGCAGUUAGUGGUGUUAAAGGUGAUGAUGAGGAGGAUGAUGAUGAUGAUUGGAGGAUGUAUAUAGUGAUUUUUAAUAUUUUGUUACGUUCUAGUAACUUUUAUAAAAAAAUAAAACCAAAUAAAAAAUAUUUUUGUGCAACCUAUUAUGUAUGUUUAUUUUUUUCAUUUAUUUUGAAGCAUUUGUUUUAUAUUGUACAAAAAGGUGUAAUUAAUUGGUAAAACAAACAAAAAACAUAUUCAAAAUAACUUCAAAAGCAGUUUUAUGUAUAUAUAUAUUAUUUUAUUCUGAACUUUUUUUUGUUUUUGCAUUGAAUUAUAAUUAUGGUCAUUAUUUUAGACCUGUUUGUGUUUUACCAAAUACUUAUACCUUUUUGUGUUUUACUUACAUAAAAAAUACAAAAAAAAAAUUAAACUUAAAAAAUCACAAAAAAAUAAUCUUGUUUGAAUUAUGUACAUAUUUGAAUUCAGCCGGACUGUUUCAAAGAAACAAGUCUAGCUAUUCUCAUAGCCUUGGUGUCGUCAUUAUUGUGUCAAAGCAUAUCAAAUGUUCAAGCUAUCAAAAUGAAACUUGGUACACAUGUGGCGAGCUAUAAUACACACAUGAAUAGCAAGGCCAUAAUUCUGGUUAUUGGUGGUGAAUUAUGCCUUUUUUUUACACUGAACAAGUGUUGGCGUUCACUUUGGUGCGCUCUCUUUUUUUGUUGGUGAUUAUCAACGUAUUUUGUUUUUGAAUGAUUCGCCACAUUUCCCUCAGUUAUUGUUAUUUUCUGUAAUAGUGUUCGAAAUGUUUGUGCUGAUGCUUCUGAAAGCGUAUAAAUGUAGUUUGUAAACUAUUUUAAAACCAUUUUCAUGCUGUAGGGUAUUUACAUUAUGAGUGUUUAUGUUCUACUGUUGCUAUUACUGUUGUGACUGUAUGCAUUAUUUUGUGUACUGCAUUACAAUGCUGAUUUAGAAUUUUGAACACUCAUUAAUAGUUCUCUUUCAUUUAGUUGUUGCUGUUACCGCAACUGUUGAUGAUAAACCAUUGAUUAAGUUGUUGCUGUUACCGCAACUGUUGAUGAUAAACCAUUGAUUUAGUUGUUGCUGUAAUCGCAACUGUUGAUGAUAAACCAUUGAUUUAGUUGUUGUUUGCAACUGUUGAUAAUAAACCAUUUAUUUAGAUGUUGCUGUUACUGCAACUGUUGAUAAUAAACUUUAACCUGUGUUUGUCCUAUUUGGUAAAGAGUCCUUCUUUCCUUAUUGUAGAAGUAAUAUAAUUUAUUUGUCAGUUAUUCAAGGAAAGUUCUAUACUUAUGCUGAAACUAAAAAGUUUGGAAACCUGCUCAUUAUUAAUUUUGACCCAAAUUAAAAUGCUUUCUCAUUCUCGAGUUAAAUAAUCUAGUAUUAGAUCUCUUUUGUAGUGAUGUUUUAGGUUGGAACAAAUGUUACUUACCAUUGCUUGUUGUAUUAUACUUAUGCAAUAUGCUUCAAUCCUUGUGAUAUAUUUUCCAUGACAAUGUUCAUAUGUACAGCAUUUGACUUCAGGAAGCAGCUGAUUGAAUAUGAUUGACUUAUGUGGUAUGACAAUUGAGUGAAUAUAUGAAAUUCUUGAUGAUAAAAGUGUUGAAUAUGAUUGACUUGUGUGGUAUGACAAUUUAGUGAAUAUAUGAAAUUCUUGAUGAUAAAAGUGUUGAAUAUGAUUGACUUAUGUGGUAGACAAUUGAGUGAAUAUAUGAAAUUCUUGAUGAUAAAAGUGUUGAAUAUGAUUGACUUAUGUGGUAGACAAUUGAGUGAAUAUAUGAAAAUCUUGAUGAUAAAAGUGUUGAAUAUGAUUGACUUAUGUGGUAUGACAAUUGAGUGAAUAUAUGAAAUUCUUGAUGAUAAAAGUGUUGAAAAUGAUUGACUUAUGUGGUAGACAAUUGAGUGAAUAUAUGAAAUUCUUGAUGAUAAAAGUGCUCAAUAUGAUUGACUUAUGUGUAAUGACAAUUGAGUGCAUUCAUGAAAUUCUUGAUGAUAAAAAUGUUGAAUAUGAUUGACUUAUGUGUAAUGACAAUUGAGUGCAUUCAUGAAAUUCUUAAUGAUGAGUGUAUUUGUGCUAAUGCAUAGCAAGGUAUGUAACUCUUGCUAAAAUAAUAGUGUAAGAGUUCUUCCCCUUUUUGAUGUAAAAGAACAGUCAAGCAUUGUAUUUUUCCCUGUGGUGCUCUUAUUUAAUCUUUAUUCAAACUUAUUUAGAUAAUUUAGAACUGUGUCUUCAGUACAACUUAAACAGUUUGGAUGAAAAUUAUUUUCAAAAGCAAUAUUAAAUCUUGAAUUUACAAAAAAUGUACCGUAGUUUUACAUCUGUAUAAUUCAGAUAAUUAUAUUAUUACUUGUUUAGGUGCUGUUAUGUAGGGUCAGUUUGGUAAACCAGUCUGUGUUUAAUUAAACAGCGUAUGUUUUUUUUAAUGCAAUUCAAGCACAAUUAUUAGAUUUGAGACUGCAAUUACAAAAAUGGAGCUGUAUAAGAGUGAAAUAGUAAUUUGAGGAAUUGAUUUUGUAUUGACCUUGUGGCUAAUUUACAACAUUUUGUAUUUAAAUAAAUCUAUUUGUACAUCAAUCUGUCAAUGAUAUUCAGACCUUAUUCCGAGUCCUGUUCCCUUACUGUGUCUGCCUUUUUCUAAAAAAAUCAGGGGCCCCUGUAUUCUGACCUUAUCCCGAAACAAAAUGACCAGGCCUGAUGUCCCGCCUCUGUCCAUCCCACCAUAUCCUGCCUUUCCCAUACCCUUCCCCGACCCCUGACCUGACCCCUUUCAAACCUACCACUUUAAGGGCCCACCCUUUAAGCUUGUAAUGU